AUGAAAUUCAUUCCUGUUUCAUUUGCAACUGCUUUAGCAAGAAGUGUUUUUCCGCAUCCAGGUGGUCCACAGAGAAGAAUUCCUUGUGGUCGGCUGUCGAUUCCCAGUGCAGCAAAAUCUUCAGCUCGUUUGAUUGGAUACAGAAUACUCCAUUCCAAUUGUUUUCUUACUUCAACCAAUGCUCCGAUAUCAUCCCACGAAACAUCUGGAACUGUUGCAAAACCUUCUCGCUUGGCUGCUGGUUGGAUUGCAGAUAAAGCACGUUCAAAAUCUUCAAAUGAGAUGCGAAGUCCUCCACUCAACGCAGAUAAAGCUGAGGGAUCAUCUUCACCUUGUAACCACGCAAGAACUCUAUCAAGUUCUUCUUUAAUUUGUUCGACGGCAUCCGCACUACCAGGAGCCGGCCCUGAUGAUAACGGUGGAUUACUCAUUGGGUUGCUCAAUGGAUUACUUAAAGGUCCUCCACUCGGCGUACUUGGAUUUAUAUUGUUAUUCACACUAUGCGCUGAUCCAGGGGCUGAUCCCGAUCCUCCGCCUCCAUUCAUUGACACAGAUGCUACUGCUGCGGAAGCUGGUGCGCCAACACUUCCACUCGCAGCUCCUGUCGGUGUUAAUGCUUCUGUUUUCAUUUCUUCUCCGUUACUCGUUAUUUCUUGUUUGGGCUGUAUUGUUUGUGUUUGUCCCAUAGAAGUAGGCGUUCCUACCGAUCCCACAGAAGUUGAGGCUACAGGUGGCACACUUCCUGGUCCGGUUCCAGAUACAGAUCCUCCCAUUCCUGGUGUCCCUGGUCCCGGUGCUCCUCCAGCUGGUCCAGCUGACAUAGGCUGUUCAGACAUUCCAAACGGCAUAGCGGAACUGCUUGUUGGUGGCAUCGGAGCCAUUCCCAUAAAAGCUCCAGGCAUAUUCGGAUCUGUCCCGGGAGGUGGUCCCAUGCUUGAAAAUCGAUUAUCGCAGCUUGUACUCAAUUCAAGAGAAAACUUACCACCCAUAGGAGCUCCAGGAACUCCAGAUCUUGCCAUACCUCCAGGAAACGGUCCUCCGGGCGGUGCCAUACGCAUUCCUGGAUUAGGCAUCCUUUGUAAUCCUGGAUUGAACAUCGGAGGGAAGGCACCAGGCAUUCCUGUUGGAGGCAUCCUUCCGGGUGGAAACCGUCCUCCGAAUGCUCCAGGAUGA